UGCUGUCUGAGUAUGUAUGUUUCAUCCUUUUAAUUUACAAAUUACAAAAUUAUCUUGUAAAUUACAAAUCCGGAUGCUACUUUUAUAUGUCUAUUGAACGUCCAUCGGAUACCUUGUGGACAUGUCGGGAACUUUAGCAUGUCCUCCAAUUUCGUAUAUGAAUAUCCCACAAACGUCCCACAAAUAUACCACGACAUCUAUUGAAUGUCCGAAGGACGUAAAACGGAUGGCUUAUGGAUAUUUUCAAUAUCCUUAAAGGAUAUUUUAUGGAUAUUUAUAGGAUAUCCAUGUGCUGUCUGGGAUUACGUUUCAGUUUGAAUCAAACUGAAACCAUUUUGAUCAAAUUAGGAUAUCCUAUGAAGAUCUUUUUCUAUGUGGGUUGUUACAUUACGGCAACGAUACUGUUAUAUUAUUGUGUUUACUAAAAUGUUAGCAAAUUAGAAACUAUGAGAAAAUGUGAUUUUUAUGUUAAAUGUGAUUGAUAAGUUUUUUAUGAAAUAAAAAUAACAUUUUUUAAAGCUUUUUUGUAUUACAUUUUCAGAUAUUUGAAAAAAAUUUGGAAAAAGAGGGCUUGCAAUUGGAAUAUGAACAAGUGGAACCAAAUGGUUUACAUUUCAUAAAAAUUCAUGCGACCAAAGAAGUUUUACGAAGAUAUGCUGAAAUAUUAAAGCUCAGGUUGCCGAUGAAAGAUCUGCUUAGUUGCGAAAUGCCUCAAACGUGCAAUAAUGUUAUUAUAAAAGAAGUAAAUACGUUUAUACGAAGAAUUAUGAGCAAAUGUUAUGUGGAUACAACCAUCUUCCCAACAAUGAGACACCAUUUUACAGCAGUGUAUAGUAGAGACAAGGAAUAUUUAUUUGAUUUAGAUUCACCGAAUUUAUUUACCAUGGCCACUCGAUCCCGUAUUGUACAGUUUAUACUGGAUAGGACUAAAUUUACAGAAACUAAGGAAGAUGAUUUCGCAUUUGGUAUUGAAAGAUUAAUAACCGAACAUGCAUAUAUAGCAGCAUAUCCUCUUCAUGAUGGAAACUUGCAUACUCCAGAUUCUAUGCGAUACCUUUUAUACACUGAGUGGGCCAGUUUGAGAAAAUGUUUUUAUUACCAGCCAUUGGAUUAUAUUAAAGAGUAUUUUGGAGUGAAAAUUGGACUUUAUUUUGCAUGGCUCGGAUUUUAUACUCACAUGUUAAUUCCAGCGAGUAUCGUCGGUCUCUUAUGUUUCAUAUACAGUUGUGCUACUUUGUAUUCCAAUGAACCAAGCGAAGAUAUUUGUAAUGGAAAUGGUACUAUCGAAAUGUGUCCAUUAUGUGAUCACUUUUGUGGAUAUUGGAAUCUCAAAGAGACGUGUUUACAUGCAAGAAUUACAUACUUGUUCGACAAUCCGUCGACGGUAUUUUUUUCGAUAUUUAUGUCAUUAUGGGCUGCAUUGUUUUUAGAAUUAUGGAAGAAAUAUUCUGCUGAAAUAACACAUAGAUGGGAUUUGACUGGUCUAGAUAGUCAUGAAGAAUAUCCCAGACCGCAAUAUUUAGCACGGCUUGCGCAUAUAAAAAAGAAAUCUAUCAAUGUUAUUACAAAUGUCGAAGAGCCAAAGGUGCCAUAUUGGAAAAUGCGAUUACCUGCCACGAUUCUCAGUUUUUCAGUGGUUCUACUUUUGAUAGUUGUAGCAAUGGCUGCUGUACUCGGUGUAGUUCUAUACAGAAUGUCUGUUUUAACUGCACUAAGCGUUUAUGGGCACCCUAUGGUAACUAGUUAUGCUAUAUUAUUUACAACUGCGACUGCUGCAAGCAUUAAUCUCUGUUGUAUAAUACUGUUUAAUUGGAUCUAUGUUUGGCUUGCGGAAUAUUUAACGGAGAUCGAAUUGCUUCGUACGCAAACAGAGUUUGAUGACAGCUUGACUUUGAAAAUUUAUUUACUGGAGUUCGUUAAUUAUUAUGCUUCCAUAUUUUAUAUAGCGUUUUUCAAGGGAAAAUUCGUUGGUUACCCAGGAAAAUAUAAUCGUUUUUUUGACUUUCGGCAAGAAGAAUGCGGACCAGGUGGUUGUUUAUUGGAGCUAUGUAUUCAACUAAGCAUUAUUAUGAUUGGCAAACAAGCCAUGAAUACUAUUUUGGAGAUGCUUUUCCCGCUAUUUUAUAAAUGGAUAAACACUUUAAAAGUCCAUGUGGGCUCGAAGAAAUUAAAAGAUAACGAAAAAAGAUAUUCGUCUAGAAAAUUUCUACAAUGGAUUAGAGAUUAUAAAUUAGUUCAGUGGGGUCCUAGAAGUCUUUUUCCCGAAUAUUUAGAAAUGGUACUACAAUACGGAUUUGUCACAAUUUUUGUUGCUGCAUUUCCUUUGGCGCCAUUUUUCGCUCUAUUGAAUAACGUUUUUGAGAUGAGACUGGAUGCGAAAAAAUUGCUAACCAUGUAUAGAAGACCAGUUGGACAACGAGUCCGAGAUAUAGGUAUUUGGUAUCGCAUUUUGGAUUCCAUUUCUAAAUUAUCCAUCAUUACUAACGCAUUCAUCAUAGCUUUCACUUCAAACUUCAUACCAAGGCUAGUUUAUCGUAUAACGGUUUCUGAUAAUUACUCCUUAGAAGGUUUUCUGGAGCAUUCUUUAUCGAAAUUCAACACUAGUGAUUUGAAAAAUGGCACACAACCAAUGCCUUCGCUGGAUCAAUUUUCCGUCGAUAUUUGCCGCUAUUCGGAUUACAGAGAGCCACCAAACUCACCAAAUAAAUAUGAUUAUACUAUCAUGUUUUGGCAUGUGCUAGCUGCUAGACUAGCUUUCAUCGUCGUUUUUGAGAACGUCGUGGCACUCGUGAUGAUCCUUGUACGAUGGUGCAUUCCUGAUAUAAGUCCAAAAUUGCGCGACAAAAUACGUCGCGAGGCAUAUGUUACUAACGAGAUUAUUAUACAUCAGGAAGCAUUACGAGCUCAUGCGAGGCCUGCAGUCAACGAAUCAACGAUCGCACAGACAUAUGUAGUCUCCAACGAGAGUUCCAAUAGAUGGAACAGAGUGAUGAGAAGUUCUUUAUCUACAACUGACUUCGAUUUGGAAGUUCACGGGAGUCCUAUUUCGCCUGCUAAUACAGCACCGCAUAUUAGCCCUGCUGCGGUCUAACUUAUCUAUAAAAUUGAGCCAAGUGGAACUAAUCGUGGCAAAUAAUAAAGAUCCUCUUUAACACGUUCUGCGUUCUACAAAAUAACUCUUUCAAUAAACAUUAUUUUUAAACAUAAAAAUUCACAUAUGUUUUUAUGUCUAUAAUUACACAGGGUAUCUUAAAAAUGUGGGAACUUCUGAAUAUCAUUUUAUAGUGAGAUUUUUCGAUAAAACUUUCAAAACAAAAGUUGUAGGAUUUCAAAAGCUGAAUCUGAUGGUGACCUUAAAAUUGACCUUAAGUUUGACCUUGAAGGCCAUUUCAAGGUUAACUUUAUUUUUUCAAAUGGAACAUGCAUAUUUUCAUGGCGGAUUCAGAAUCUACGCCAAAAACUGAGAAGCUUUUGUCUGAAACAUUUUUUCAGAAAAUACUCGCUUUGAUCUUAAAAUGACCUUCAAACUUCACGAUUUUUCUUAAAAAUAUGGGAACCCGUGAAUAUCUUUUUAUAGUGAGGUUUUUCGAUGGCAAGCGACACUAUUGCCUGCGUUCAGUCAUCGAAAUACUAUUUUCGAGGUCCAGGACCCACGACGUGGACGUAGCAGGAUAAGUUUUUGGGCCCCAUUUUUGUCCAACCGAUGAAGGCAAGACUUUGAUAAUCCAGUUAGUGAAGGCAAGAUCGUAAGUGAUAUGACCAAUAAAGGUAAAACCACUUGGAAAUCAGUCAGUGGGGGCAAGUCGGUCGGUCCAGCCGGUGAAGGCAAGAUCGUGUUCGGAUAGUUACGAGAAGACCAUUGUGAGGAAUAUUUUAUAACAGAUGUUCAAACUGUAAGCCAUUGCACUGAUUGACAAUGCGGCAUACAUGGAGAGCAGGUCUUAAAGGAUAGCAACCUUUGACUUUGAGAGACUGACAGCUAGUACCAUUUGGUACAGUAACAUUGUUUCUCUCUGUAGUCGCCGUGCGCUCGGGAUCGCGCCAGAAAUGUCGCUUCCGAACGGC